AUGGCGGAAUUUGACGCGAAAAUAAAUAUGUCUCUUGAUGAAAUCAUAAAACUGGACCGCAGGGAAAAAAAGAAAAAUGUCAAUGGAAAACCAGCUAUCAAGAGGAACUUGAGAAGAAAUAAUACAAGAGCUACAGGACGUCCACGUAAUGCUGCCGGUGUUGGAACUAAAACUUUUAACGCCAAUUUUAAAAAGAACUUUAAUAAAAAUGGAGUUACUCCUAACGCGAAAAAACGCAACCAGAGUCAGGCUUGGCGGCUACAGAGAGGCCGAAAUGCUAAUCAGCCCAACAGUGGGUUUAUUACUAAGAGAUACAAGCAGCAGCAGCAGCAGAAUGGAGUUGUUAAGAGAGCCAAGCCUGGAUUUGUGCUGAAAAAUAAGCAACAGCAACAGCAGAUUAACAAGAAAGCGCUCGCUGUUCGUCGCACAAAGAACCCGAGAUUCGGGUUGACUAGAUCGAGGAGUCGUAACAACCUUUCUACGAUCCCCGUUAAAAAUUUUUCGUCCAACUCUCGAGUACUCAAGAAAACAAACAGCCUUCCGGAUUUGCGUAACCCCAAUUCGGUUCACAAUCGUCUGGGAUAUCAGAGUCUAAAUCAAGUUGCGUACAGAAAUCGCGUUAAGAGAGCUAAGAAAUUGUUACUUCAGCUUCAGAACAAACAGAAACGCGCCGACGAUCAGCUGGUGUAUCGCCCGGCAAAAGCACUGACAGCAUUACAACGACGCGCACUCGAGCGUCGCCAGCAACAACAACUCUUAUCAACGCAACAAAGGAUGUACAACGCCGGUGGACUUCGUUCUGAUCAAAUAUUACGCACUCAGCGGCGUGCUCAAUACGCCCAGAAACUUAUGAGACAAAACGCUACUAGAAUGAAUCCAAACGUCAAUUUUAUGUGUACUCUUGGAGAUGAGUACAGCAUGAACCGCCAGAUGACUUUUAACCCAGCUCCGCCUCGUAAUUUGGCAAAUAUGCGUCAUAUGUCUCGAGAACGAUCACCUUUCAGACCCACUAUGCAGAACUCCCUUCCAAGACCACAAUUCAUAAGAUCACGAAGUCGUUCACGGUCUCGCUCACGCAGCCGUGCCCAAAAUGUGGCGUCAAUACCAGCAAAUCCUGAUGACCGUACCUUCAGCCAAGUUAUGUACAGUGUUUCCAACAAUCUUGGAGUUACUGGCAGAACUCUCAACGACAGAUUUAGCUUCUAA